GCGACCGUGUACAGAAAAAGUCUUUUUAGUGUUCAUUUGAUUGCUGCAAGAGUAACAUGUCAAACGAAGGUUAUUUGCCCCUCGAGACAGGGUUCGCCACCCUUGCCAUUCACGCGCACCAGUCUCCUGACCAGUGGAACUCGGGGGCAGUUGUCACUCCUAUUUUCACGGCUUCCACAUACAAGCUAUGCGGAUCUGACUACUCCACGGGAUUCCAAUACGGUCGAUGGGGAAAUCCUACCCGCAACAAUCUUGAAGGUUGCUUGGCCGCGAUCGAAAAUGGAAAACACGCCCUCACCUUCGCCUCGGGCUGCGCUGCAACCUGGUCAAUGUUGAGCAUUUUGAAGAAUGGCGACCACUUAUUGUGCGCCUUUGACGUCUACGGCGGCACCCUCCACCUCAUGAAGAUGGUGGCCGAGGAAAAAGGAGUCGAUUUGGAAUUCUUUGACGCUGGCAACUUGAACGAGUUUGAGAAACUUUUGAAGCCCAAUACCAGGAUGGUGUGGUUCGAGAUCACGACAAAUCCGAUGUGCAAAGUGGUCGACGCGAAGAGGCUAGCUGAUAUCAGCCACAAGCGGCCUGGCGUGCUGGUUGUCUCUGACAACACUUUCAUGACACCAUAUUUUUUGAAACCUUUGAACCUGGGAGUGGACAUCGUCAUGCACUCCAUGACCAAAUACUUAAAUGGACACAGUGAUGUAAUCAUGGGACUCUUGGUGCUCAAUGAUGAUAACGUGCACAUCAAACUGAGGGACAUUCAACAACAUGGUGGUGCUGUACCUGGACCUUUUGACUGCUAUCUCGCAUUGAGAGGCCUGAAGACUUUGGCCAUUCGCAUGAAGCAACACAUGGCUAAUGGCAUACAGCUAGCCAAUCACCUGAAAAACAACCCAAGAAUUGAGAAGGUCUUCCACCCUGGCUUGCCUGAUCAUCCCGACCACGAGUUGCUGAAAAAGCAGGCUACUGGUUAUUCUGGAAUGUUGGCUUUCACCAUCAAAGGAGCUGGCGAAAAGGAGGCAUCAAAGUUCCUGAAGGCUCUUAAAUUGGUGACAUACGCCGGCAGUCUUGGAGGCUGUGAUAGCCUUGCAGAAGCGCCAUGCUCGCUCUCCCACAAAUAUCUUUCGGAAGAGGAAAAACGCAAAGUCGGCAUCACCGACAACUUGAUUCGCUUCUCAGUUGGAAUUGAAGAGAUUCAAGAUAUCAUCACCGAUGUUGACCAAGCCCUUGAAGCGGCAUUCAAGAAUUGAGAUGUUCAAUUGCAUUCAUUGGGGGAAGAAUAAAAAUGUUUGUACUUCUUAAACUUAA